AUGGCCGACUUCGUAAAGGGGCUCUUUGGCGGCCAGCAGCAGAAGGUCGCCCAGCCGCACUCGGGCGGCGACGAUGACUUCGCCGACUAUGCAGGAGCACCGGACCCUUCGCCUGUGUCGUUCGCUUCCAGUGUUGGCGCUGCCUCGGCCGUACCCACCUCGACGGUCGGCCAGGUCCCGUACACGGCGUGGUACCGCGUGUGGGAGCGCACUUCGGUCGACGACUUCAAGCUCGAGCUGUACAUCCUGCCCUUCAUCCUGCUCAUCGUCGUCGUACACCUCUGGGGCACGCGCCGCAACCGCAGCAAGGCCCACCACUGGAUCAAGUCGCAUGCGCCUGUCCUGCAGCAGGAGUUCGCGCAGGUCGGAUACACGCGCCCCCAGGCGGGCGCCAACGAUGUGAGCGCCGUGGGGCUCGUCAACCCGGAGACGUUCCUGCGCGAGAAGAAGCCCGAUGAGUUCGCGUCGUACGCCACCGGCCGCGCGAACGUGGCCUUUGUCGACUUCAAGUUGACCCUCGCGAAGCGCUUCAAUCCCUUGAUGCGCUUCGGCGAGCUCGCCAUCUCGCUCUUCUUCGAGAGCAUGCCCGUCCCCAUCGAGCGCAUGGAAGCCACCGCGUACGUCUUCGACGGCCAGGAGGCCAAGAUCGCUCCGGCCAUCGCGAGAGGUGUCGGCGAGAAGGUCGCCAACAGCACCUUCGAUGGCUUCGUCUUCGCCGUUGUGCACAAGGACCUCAUGAAGCGCCUCCGCGAGGACCGCUACGACCUCUCCCUCACCGCAAGCAAGGACCACGCGAAGCUCCCCCUCUGGGUCACCGUCAUGAGCGAGAGCGCCGAAAUCACAGACACCAUGCUCACUCCCGAGCUCAUCAAGGCCAUCACCGACGCCGGCGACGAUUUCGAGGCCCUCGUCAUCACCGAUCAGCCCAUGGAUCAGCCCAAGAAACUCGACGACACCGUCCCCCGCAAGCGCAUCAACCUCUCCCUGAAGCUCAAGUCCGCCAGCACGCCCUACGACUCCACGCUCCCCCUCUUCCAGUACUUCAUCCGACUCCCCGACUUCCUCGCGUCGAAGGCGCACUUCCGCCCGGAAGCCCUGCGCCGCAUCAAAGCCACGCGCGAGGAGCAGAUCGCCAAGAUUCGCAAGAUCGACGACGAGGAGAAGGCCGAGGAGCGCAAGCUCGCCUCCGACAAGCUCAAGAAGGAGCAGCGCGAUGCGAAGCUCGGACGCAUGACUGCGGAUGAGCAGAGGAAGUACCUGGAUAAGGAGCGUGAGCGGGACGCGAAGAAGAGGACGAAGAAGCAGACUGUCAAGGGUUAG